CCUUUCUUCCUCUGAGGCGUUCCGCGCUGUGACGGGGCUCCUCGGUGAGCGGCUCGUGUGGUCUCGUUGCAGGUCCGGGCUGACCUUCCUUGCGGAGAUGCCUGUAGUUGUUUGGCAGCCUGAAGAAAAAUGCAAUGUGCCACCUGGAGAAAAAACAGAAGAAUCCGAGCAACUCAGUGAUGUAGAGGAAGGGGGAUUAGAUCUCAGCGUGUCUCUCAAACCAGUCAGUUUCUACAUUGCAGACAAGAAGGAAAUGCUUCAGCAGUGUUUCUGUGUCAUAGGGGAGAAGAAACUACAGAAGAUGCUGCCUGACAUUUUAAAGAGCUGUUCCAUGGAUGAAAUCAAAAGGCUUUGCUUGGAGCAGUUGGAGAUGUUGUCUGAAAAAAAACUGUUGAAGAUACUUGAAGGCAAGAGUGGAGCUGAUUCUGAUACUGACGAGGAUGGUGAUGGAGAAGACAAGACUGGAGGUGAAUCAGUCAGUCAGCAGGACAACAGCAUAGACUCCACUUCUUCUUUGCGAGAAGACAAGCUGGAAGGUCAGGAAUCAAAACAAGGUAAAGGAGAAGAUAGUGAUGUCCUCAGCAUAAAUGCAGAUGCGUAUGAUAGUGACAUAGAGGGUCCAUGUGAUGAAGAAGGCAGCCCAGAUGUGCAGGAAGACACUGUCAGGAGUGGAGCUGGUCAGAUUGAUGACCUUCAGAAGGACAUUGAGAAAAGUGUGAAUGAGAUACUGGGGUUGGCAGAGUCUUGCCCAAAGGAGUCUAAAGCAGCAAGCUUAGCUGUUCCUCCAUUAGAAGAUGUUCAGCCAUCAGCACAGCAGCUAGAGCUCCUUGAGCUUGAAAUGAGAGCCAGAGCUAUUAAGGCUCUAAUGAAGGCUGGUGAUGUAAAAAAAACAGCACUAAGAUUGUUUACAAUAAAUUCUCAGUAUCUUUUGAAAGAUGUUGUGUUUAUUCACGUAGUUGUAGGGGUUGGAAUGAACCCAACCCCCUGCUAAAGCAGAUUCCCUGCAGUUGGUUGCACAGCCAAGUCUUCAGGAGUAUUUUGAAUAUCUUCAGAGAAAGAGACUCCACUACCUUUUUUUUUUUUUUUUUAUCUUGAGUUUUUCCAUAAGCUCCUAGCUAAUUCAUGCAGGCCUUCUGCCACCUUUGUCUGAUUUCUUGCUCUUGCAGAUGCACUCAUAUUGAGGUUGGAGGAAGUGGUGCUUGAGUAUCAACCAACUCUUACUUUCCAGUGGGCCCUUUUACCUUCCAAUGCUCUGUUCUCUUCGGCGCAUAAGUGCAUUUGGGCUGGGGUAUGACAUUCCUUAUUCAGACAUUUAUGAUACUGUUCACUGCUUCCAUUGCCUUUGGUGUGCUGCUUCAUGCCCAGCACAGAUGAACUGCAGCACAAGUGAGUUGGUUUGAUGCUGCCCUGAGCACCCAGCUGCCUCUGUGCAUGGUUAUAUCUUCAAGGAGGCACAGUGUGUAUGGAGCUAUGCCAUGAAGAACCUGGUGCCUUCAGGACAAAAUAGAAGUGAGUUCUGUGUAUCUUCAUGGCUGGAAAAUAACCGCUUUAUUUAUUUGCAUCUUUUUAGUUGAGAAACUUGAUUUGUCUGUUGCUUAUUAGAAGUACUCUUUUUGCAGUGGUGUGACAUCCUUCAGCAUUCUUCCCUGUGAUCUGAGGUGCUUGUUUCUCCUUGGGUCCAAGUCAUGAUGAUGCAAAUGUUCUAUUUAAAUUAAAUAGCGAUUCAUUUUGAGAAGGUUAGAAGUGUGGCUAGGCUUCAGAAAGCUGAUUUGCUAAACGUGUUGUUGUUGUGUUUUUUUUGUUUGUUUGCUUUGGAAUAAACGGUUGAACUUUCUUAUUUUCUGAGUUUUGAAAGUGCCUGUAAGUGACAAAUACCAGGGUUUUUAUAUUGGUGGUUGUUUAAUUAUGUUCCUCUUUUCCACUUUUGUGUUGUAUCAUAACUGAAAUAAAGAAAAUGGAGUCUUUUUCUUGA